AGAGGGCAGGCUUUGCUCAAAAUGAUGUGGUAUGUUGAGGACACCGUCAGUUUGUUUUCCUCAAAGUGCAUUUCGGCCGACGCUCCCCCUCCAAAGAUGUGCUCUGAAAACAGAGGAGCAUCACAGCUGAACUGAACUCGGAGGCCGCCGGGCUCUGCGGUGAAGUCUGGUGAUGGAUCUGAGGUCGGUCCUUCUGGUCACUGGGGGCUCGGCGUGCUCCUUCAAACUGCUGAACACCCUUUUCAGAUUCCUGCCAACGCCGGCGCCGGCACGCAAGAAAGCCUGGAAGUGGAGGAACAUCAGCACCUCUUUGGCUCACAGCACGCUGACGGGAGCAUGGGCUGUUUUAUGUUUCUCCCUUCGACCUCAGAUGGUGGCGGACCUGAUCUCGUCUCACUCCGUCCUCUCCCACAGCCUCGUGGCUGUGUCGACAGGAUAUUUCAUCCACGACUUCUUGGACUUGGCAUCGAACCAGUCGGUCAAACAGUCCUGGGAGGUGCUCCUCCACCACCCGGUGGUGAUCUCCUGCUUCGGUCUGGCUGUCACGAGCCGUCUCUACCUGGGCUUCGCUGUGGUGUCGCUGCUGGUCGAGAUCAACUCCGUUUUCCUCCACAUCAGACAGCUCCUCCUCCUGUCCGGACAGAGGAACAGGCCCGGUGGGGGGGUCACAGCCCCUCGCCCCACUGUGACCUACACGACGAACUGCUGGCUCAACCUGGGAACGUUUUUGGUGUUUCGUGCGUGUACGCUGGGUUGGAUGGGCCGCUGGCUGGCAGGUCAGACUGAACACAUGCCUCGCCACGUCCUGAUGAUGGGACGAGUCGGCCUGAGUCUCAUCUCCGUCAUGAACGUGGUGCUGUUUUACAGACUGGUCAGAGCGGACAUCCUCACCGACACGAACAACACCAAGGGCCGACACUAGAGGGAGGCAGCACUGUGUUUCACCUCAUCGAGAAAUGAUGUGGCUGCACUUCGUAACGUAUAAGAGCUUGUUGACAUGUUUUUCUGUCUAACAGAAAGCAAAGGUUAAACAAAGGAUAGCAUAUAUCUGCGGGUGGGUUAGAUUAUUAGGAUAAAUGAGAUACCAGAUUUUGUUAAAUAAUGCAGUUAUUCAAAGGGGAAAAAAAAGUAUGAUUAAAGUUUGGAAAACCUUUUUUUUAUUUCGUUGACAGAAAUGUCCUGUUAGUCGUCUUAUGACCUCUUACAUUUUUCUUACAAAACCCUGUGGUGGAAUCUAUUUUUCCAUGUCUUUUUUGUUUUAACACUGACACCUGACGUUAAAUAACAUCCGGUCAAUUCAAUUUCAUAACUUCACCUCACUUACCUCAUGAACUAAUAAGCUACUUGUCGAAAAGGCAUUAACACAUACUGUACGUUAGCAUUUGUGUCAGAGUCUCCAGUGACAGUUUACUAAGUAACAACAUUGUGAAUGUCCAAAAAUGUGCUGUAUACAUUAUCAGAACAAUUGUCUGUGAAGUCAAAUGGUUGUUAAUUUGUUCUUAAUUUUAGAAUGAAAUUUUUAAUUUUUUUUACUCACAUUAAACCCGACUGAUUAAUAUUAAACUCAAUAAGUCUCCAACCACACAUUUGUCAUUGCAACAGAAAAGCAUCUGAAUGCAAAUCUAAAAUCCUGGUUACCUUUAUUCAUUUAUUGGCUUCAUUCAUUUUAAUCAACUUGAAUGGUGGAUAUAAUAUAAUGCUAUAUGGAUAUUUUGUUAAUAAAUUUAAAUUUAUAAGUGUGUAUUGA